GAGAGAGAGAGAGAGCGAGCGAGCGAGCGAGCAUCAAGUCACCAGGAUAGGCUCCACCAUCCACACAGACUGUAAGGUACAAGUGCCACAAGGAGACUAUAUUCCGCUAAAAUAAUGGAUGGGACAAAGCCGGCCAUGGAGUCCAACGCGGAGGAGACUCAAGACGAAGGACAGGAGAGCAAAGGAUGCUUCGAGUGCUGCAUCAAGUGUCUGGGCGGGGUGCCCUACGCCUCCCUGGUGGCUACCAUCCUCUGCUUUUCAGGCGUGGCUUUGUUCUGCGGCUGCGGCCACGUGGCACUGACCGGCACCCUGACCAUGCUGGAGAACCACUUCUCCAGGGUCACCAGCGACCACGCCACCCUCGCCAUGGUGAUCCAGAUCUUUCAAUACAUUAUCUACGGCAUUGCCUCUUUCUUCUUCGUCUACGCCAUCAUCCUGCUGGCUGAGGGCUUUUACACCACCAGCGCCAUCAAGAAGGAGCUGCAGAGUGACUUCAAGACUACCGUCUGUGGACGCUGUAUCACUGCCUUCUUCAUGUUCCUGACCUACAUCCUCGCUCUGGUCUUCCUCACCAUCUUCGGCUUCACAGCGAUACCAGUUUUCCUCUUCUUCAACAUGUGGAAUACCUGUGCUGCCAUGAGGUCUCCUGAUGCCAACAUUACCUCGCCCGACUCCAUCUGUGUGGACGUCCGGCAGUACGGUAUUAUUUCCUGGAACGCCACACCGGGAAAAGCUUGUGGAGCCACACUGGGAGACAUUUGUAACACCAGCGAGUUCUACCUGUCCUACCACCUCUACAUCGUUGCGUUUGCCGGCGCCGGUGCCACGGUCAUCGCAUUGAUCCACUACCUGAUGAUUUUGUCGGCCAACUGGGCCUACCUGAAGAGUGCCGUCUCCACGCACGAGUACCAGGACAUCAAGACCAAGGACGACCAGGAUCUGGAGGCUGAGGCGCGCUCCAAGGAGGGCCAGAACUCCUCCUCCUACUCAUAAGGACAAGAGAUCCUCUCCCGCCACCACCACCCAUCUCCUCUCCACACCUCAACCCCCCCACCCUGCAACACCCAGCGCCCACCCCUCCCUACGAUAAAAACAAACCACCUCGGUCAUGUUUUAUAGUCCCCCAGCCUCCUGAUUCUCCAUCCUCUUCCCCUCCACGAUGUUUAUUAAGAGCUGUGGGCUCACACCAGAGGGGAAGAGAAUAGAGGAUCAGGAGAAGCGGCAGGCCCAGACGGAGGCAGAUGCUUCAGAACGGGAGAGCUCUCCCGCCGGGGUCGAGCUCAGGUACGAUACAUCAGUUCAGAAGCGUCUCCUCCCCCGUGCUUUUGGGCGGCGACUCGUGAACGUGGCCCGGCUGUGAUGGCCUCGCGCCCUGAGCCAACACAGCCUCUCAACACACAGAUCCUAACAGCCUAAAAAAACAUUGUUCACUGUCUGCUUCAGCCACAGGGAAGCCAGGCAGCGACCAACUUCCUCCGUUUUUUUUGGUGUUUUAUAUGCAUAUAUAUAUGAAUAUGAAUAUAUUGUGCGAAUGUGUACGAAUGUUGUUGUUUUUUUUAAUACUCUCUGAAAAGUAUGCCAGGUACUAUUAUGAUCUUUCUUCUUCUUCUUUAUGUUUUUGCGCUCACAGGUUUUUUUCUCCUUUACUUUCUCCUCCAUCUUAAACUUUUUAUUGCUAAUGCUCGAUACGUUGUUGCACUAUUACGAAACAAAAAAUUGGGGAGAACUGAAAUCCCUUGGAAAAAAAAAAAACAAAGCACCCCGGCCCCCCCGCCCCCUCGCUCAUAGAAAUACCUAAAAGACUCAAAUCAUGUGGUAUCUCAAGGAUUAUUAGUGCAUUUACAUGACCAGAGUUUAUUUAUCCGCCAAGGUAUUAACCAUUCAUUUAAGACCAGAGGAGGUGUAGCAAACUUUUAUAAAAGGAUUAGUUUUGGGAAAUGCGCUUAUUCGCUUUCUUGCCGAGAGAUGAGAAGAUUGAGACCAAUUUCAUGUUUGUACGUAAAAUAUCGAGCCAACGCCAACAGCCAGUUAGCUUAGCUUAGCAUAAAGACUGGAGGCGGGUAAACAGCUAGCCUGGCUCAGCACAAAAGGAAUCAAAUUUCAAUAUAAAGUCUCAAUCUUCUCAUCUAACUCUCAGCGAGAAAGCGGAUAAGCGUAUUUCCCAAAAAAAACGUCAGACUAUUCCUUGUAAGACCUUUUUUCAGUUUUUGCUACACUCAUCACCAGCGGCAGCAGAAAUCAAAAUCUGUCUGGGUUUUUUAACACAGAAAAAAAAAGACACACACCUCAGGUAUCAAACCAAAUCUGAUUUUAGCCAGUUGUGUUCUUUUCCAAAGCUUCACCAUCUAAACAUUAAACCUUAGCCUACCGGAUUGGUACACUGUCCUGUGUGAAUUAUACAGUAAAAACCAGUUCUGUCAUUUUCUAAAAGUCCUCCUUUUGCCAAUGAAGUUCACCUGUAAAUAGCUGAAUCACCCUAAAAGAUCUCAAUUAACACCUCUCCCAACACGGGGAGAACACAGUCAGUGUUUUGCCAUACUCUUCUAUUAUUUUUUUCCACAGAUAUAUGUAAAUGUACCCUUUGAGAUAUGUGUUUAGCACUCAAAUACUAGUUCUGCAUUUGAUAUAAUAAUUGUAAUGUAACAUCUUUAAAUGAUAUGUCGUGAGAGGGAUACAGUGCAGUCAUGAUAUGAUAUGAUGGAUUGAGGUGCUUGUGACGUAUACAUUUUAAAAUGUGAAAAAAAAAUAUGGAAAUUGAUUUUUGAUGUUUUAUCAGUUUUAGGCAGCUGAGUUCUUCUUGUGAUUCAGUAAUAAUGAUUUUAUUGAACUUGUUUGUGCUUAUUUUUCGAUGGCCAGCCAAAUGAGUGACUCAUCAACAUGUGAGUUGAGAAAAAAAGUCACUUAUUUUUUUUUUUUUUUCCUUUUGGUUUUAUUUUGAACGUCAUGCCUCUCAUAUGAGCCACAGAGACUGUUUUGGAUGUUUACACUCUGAAUAAAAACAAGUCAGGAAUUUUCAUACAUUAAUUUUAUAAUCAGAUAUUCUUUAAUAAUCAUGAACUAUAUUCUAUAUUGAUCAUCACUGGUUAGUUUACCCUAAAAGAAAAAAAAAAAACACUGAAGAAGACAAAUUUUUGAACUUUGAUGAGAUGAAGCAUGUCAGUAUCGUCCAUGUGUGCAGCUGUCUAUUCUGUAUAAAAAAGGACUAUAUUGCCAUGUGUGUUAUGUUUGAUAAAUAUACGUGCUUUGCUGGCAGGUUGAUGUAAAGACAAACUUCAAUUUCCUAUAAGACGAUGCGUGUCAGGGUGUUGUUGUUUCCUCGUUAUUUGCAUGAAGGAGACAUGACUGUGUCUUUGCAGUUUUUCAGGUGAUGUGUAGUCAAUUGUACUGACAACUAUGGUAGGCGGUGUUUGCCCCCCUCCUCCACACUUCCCCCGCCCCUUUCCACCUACUCUUUUCUAAAGAAAACUCCAUUGUACUUUGAUGGCAUUGUAGUCCCUGUAGGUGUUUCAUUAUGGUUUUAUUUUUUAAGUUGGAAAUAGUUCUAUGACUCCUAUAUAGUGAUGAUUUUUGUAACCUUCUCUAGUAAAACCGAUAUUUUUUAUUAUCGUGA